CGCAAUUUAAUGUAUGUACGCGCCGCCAACAUUUAGCUCACAUUCAAGCCAAAAGCGGGGCUAUUCAAUAGGCCUUGCAUGCUAUUCUAGGUCAUUUGCGGCCUUUUCCCCCACAUCUGGGUCAUUUAUCAGCCGUUGUCCUGCAUGGCGCCUGCAGGGAGCUCCUACCACUGCCCAACCUCUUGUUCGUCCAGGAAAGUAACAACGGUCCAGCCUCAAUCUGGUCUCGUCGAGUAGAUCUAAGCAUGUUGGCUCACUUUAUCGGACGCCUGAGGGCUUUUCAUGCUGUUGGUCAUUGUUCUCAGCGCCUUGCGUGAGGCAGACUUGCUUGCUUUGCCGCAAUUGUGUGGAGGCGAUGUCAAACCGCCAACACACAUGACAGGGCCGUACGAAUGGAGGCUCAACACCAAAAGCAGCGCCUUGCGGCUCAGGCAGGCAGGACGCAUGCACUCCCGUCGUAACGCCCAGGGUCCUCGCUCAGACCUCCCAUUCGAACGUAUCAGCGCUUACAGCGAGACAAGGUUUAGGACCCGCCUGCUGUUCUGGGCAAGGUGCCAUCUAUUACACUCGCGCUAGGUGCAGUUCCAGGUCACACCAGCUCUAGGAUGCAUACCGCCUCACGGGUAGCAGAGGGAUCUUUCGGUCGCGAACAUGGUCGCUCCGCUUAGUGGCAUGCACAGGGUGCGUGGGCUAGCUGCAGGUGCGGUCUGUCCAACGUCAAAGAGCAGGGAUGUGGGAAACCCGGAAAGCAGUAUAAGAAACUUAACCGCCU